GCAAGUAACACGCCCAUCACUAUACGCUUGAAAACCGAAAACUUACGAUUGAUUGAUAUGAAAUCAAUGAAUUCUUGAAUUUUUCACGUCGUAUUAGUUGGUCGUCUCGAAAAUUUUCUAUUACCGUUUUAAUAGCUGCUCUUUAUUGUUUCGUUAGUACCCCUGUUUUUCGCAGAUUAGAUAAAGUGGGAAUGUUUUACAAAUAGUGUUAAUUAUUGAAGUUAUUCGUAAUUUGUGGACGUCACAUACCUAUUGUUGCUUGAUAAAAAAUGGAGACUUCUUAUCAAGGUGGCGUGGCAGGCGAUGAAGCCGACAAUUUCCAACGAUUGUCCCAAACAAUUGCAAGCAACGUGAAGAAAAUUUCACAAAAUGUGUCUUCAAUGUCGAAGAUGGUCAACCAGCUGCAAACACCACAGGAUUCGCAAGAGCUUAGGAAUCAGCUGCGUCAAAUCCAAAACUAUACACAGAAGCUGGCUAAAGAUACAUCUACUAUUCUGAUGGAAUUAAUGAAGAUGCGGGUGAACCAAUCUGCACAGAAGCUUCAACGGGAGAGGCUGAGUGAUGAAUAUAUUAGCACUCUUAAUACAUUCCUGGCCACUCAAAAGUUAGCGGCUCAAAAGACGAAGGAAGAUAUUCGUAAAGCGAAGGCGCAGACGAUCAAUAUAGCUCCCCCUGCUGGCACUAAUAGUAACAAGGAUCCAUGGUCGGAGAUGGGUGAUACAAACUUGCGUAAACAAGAACAGUUGACAAUGCAGACUGAACGUGAACUUCAAGAGUUGGCCGAACGCGAGGGACAUAUUCGUCAACUUGAGAAUGAUAUAUUGGACGUGAAUCAGAUUUUCAAAGAGUUGGGUACGAUGAUCCAUGACCAGGGCGCUGUGGUGGAUUCCAUUGAGUCCAGUGUCGAGUGCGCUCUAGACAAUGUUGAGAACGGUACCCAGGAAUUGCGACAGGCUGCUAAUUACAAGAACAAAAUCCGCAAGAAGAAGGUUUACUUGGCUAUCAUAUUGAUAAUAAUAAUAUCCAUUAUAUUGAUUGUAAUUUUCAAUCGUUAAAUAAUUUAAA